AUGCUGAGCGCCGCGCACGCGCCGGCGCUGGCGGAGGGGUUCGGGAGCGCGUCGUCGGGGGUGCUGUAUAACCCGAAGCGCGGGGUGGAACUGGAAAACUUGUUGCGGCUGGACGACGCGGCGCGACGACGAAAGACGGCGGUGUUGACGCGAGGGAACAUCGAUGUGCUGUUGCAAGAGUUGAAUGCGUUGUCGUUGGUGGAUGAGGAGGCGCUGGAGCAGGUGGACGCGGAGAUGGCUCUGCUGGCGGCGAGAAAUUUGGACGAGACGUUUAACGAGUUCUCAGAGAGCGACGCGUACGCGCGAUUGAGUGAUCAAAAGAGACGAUUGGUGGAUAAACGAGCGACGGAGGCGGCGUUGCAAAGACGUUUAAAGGAGAGAAAGGUGUUGUUUUUGAGGUUGGGGGCGCAGUCGCCGGUGAUUGUGUACGGCGCGGCUCUGAUGGCGAGUCUGGUGAGCAACAGCGCGAUGCACCCGCUGGACACGAUCAAGGUGCGACAGAUCUCGCUGAGGCAGUCCAAGGCGAAGAGUAGUGCGUCGUUCGAUGAGGAUUGGGACACUGACUUCGAACCGACCUGGGACGAAGUCGUGGGUGAGGGUGGAUUCUUGUCGCUCUACGACGGAUUAGUACCGAAUCUCUUCAAGGAGGGCCUACCGCUCGCGUUAUAUCUCGGGAUUUACGAAUCAGUGCGCGAGCAGUUGAUGCAAUUCGACGAGGGCAAAGCGCAUCCAAUCCUCGUAUACCUCGUCGCGGGCGGUAUCGGUGAGUUCUUCGCCUCGAUAUUCCGACUCCCCGCAGAGGCGGUGAAGAACGGCACGCAAGUCGGCAUGUCCGUCCAGGAGGCUCUGGAGACCAACGUGACGUCACCGUCGGCUAGGAAGAACUUAUUCAAGGUGUGGAAAAUCGUGUUAUUUCGCGAUAUCCCGUUCGGUGGGGUCCAAUUGGCCAUAUUCGAGUACCUCAAACUCUUGCUCGUCUUCUUCAGCAUCACCGCGAUUGAUCCCGAGGCGCCCGUCACCGAGGCUCUCUUCGGCGCCUUCGGCGGCAUGGUCGGCGCCUUCGUCACCACCCCCGUCGACGUCGUCGUCACCAGAAUGAUCAACGAGCGCAAAGCCAUCGCAGACGCCGGUCUCGCCGCCGACACCCCGGGAAUGUCCGCCAUAGAAACCGCGCGAGGCGUCUUCGCCGAAGCCGGCGGCGUCUCCGGCUUUUUCGUCGGCGCCAAGGAGCGCGUCUUAUACUGGGGUCCCGCCAUCUCCAUCUUUCUCACCGUCUACUGCAGAAUCCGCCAAUUCUAUUUACCCGACAUCGGCGAGCUCUCAAUCUGA